AUGGAUUCUUUCAAUCCAUCGAAGAGAACUAGAGACGAAUUCGAAAGAGACAAUCAACAUACAGAACUAGAUGUUGAUUCUAAAAAGCAACAUUUAGAUCCAACUACUGAAUUAGUUACAAAUGUUUGUAAAGAUAUCAGAAGAAUCGGAGAAAAUGCAAACCUUACAAGCCAGAUUGACGAUAUUUCAUAUAUUUCAAAUCCGAUAGUUGCAGAAUUUGAAAAGAUUGAUAAAUUGAGAGUUUCUAUCUUAAACACCUUAUAUGCUAUUAUAAUUGAACAACCCCAGAAGAUAACUUCAUUGAGUAUCUUAAUCUUACUAUGCAAUGCUAAAAACUUCUUAGUAUCCAAAUACGUUAUAGAAUUCUUUCAUUCAAAAGCACAAGGAUUGUUAGAGAAAGUGAGCGAAGAACAAGAAAAGAAGAACGAAGAAAAAAAGGAUGAAGAAAUGAAGGAUGAAGUAGAAGAAGGAGAAGGGAAAGAGAAUAAUGGUAAGAAAGAAGUAAAUGAAGACUUGCAGCGAGAAGAUGCAGGUAUAUUCAAUAAUUUGAAAUCAAUUUUGAAAUUCUUAGCUUGUUUGUCCCCUAUAAUCGAUAAUUAUUCAAUUAUCAAUGUUUUUAAACAAUUUUUGAAUCUAUCCAUUGACUUACAAAAACAGACUGAAAGCAGGAAUGGAAUUGCUGAAGAAAUAUUCUAUAACACCUUAAUCUCUUUACCAUACUUAUUGAGUAAUGAUUCUUCAGAGGAAAUAAUCAAUCAUUGUAAUGAUUUGUUAGAAAUUGCGUCUAACUUUGAAAUUAAAGAAGGCGCCAAAUCCAUCUCGUUACUACAACCAUUUGAUUCAAAAUUAAACAAUUUUUCAGAUCAGUUGCCAUAUAGUCCUGAAAAGAUGAUAAAUGUAAUCUAUCCAUCCUUACUCGCUUUACAAGGGGAAAAUAAAGACUGGGCUAAUUUAAAUGGUAAAUUAUUCUUGAAUUUCAAAGAAUUAAUUGAUCCUAUUAUUGAAACUUCGUUGAAAAAUAAUGUAAUUUCGAAUGAAAUUGUUAAGCAUUCGUUGCCACAAUUAUCUCUCCCUUCAGUUGAAACUUUAUCAACUUAUAAGCCACAGGGUUUAAUUGAUGAUUUGUGGUAUAGGAAUACUAGACUUUUAUUUCAAGUUUACAAUACCACGGAAUUUGAAACAGUUCCAGCUGUUAACUCUUAUUUUGGAUUGAUCUUUAAAGAUUUGGCAUUCGACAUCUUAACAAAUUUAUCAUUCAAUAAGAAUGAGACAGCAAUCCAAUUGUCAAUCUUAGAUCUUUAUUUUGCGAAGAAUUUAUUUGCACCACCAGGAUCCUCUGUUGAUCAAUUAACUUUGAUUAAUAAUGAUAACGUCUCGGGUGAAAACAAUCCACCAUUGUCUACCUGGAAAAUUGAGGAUAUUGCUGUCGAAAGUAUAUUGACAAUGAUUUUCCAAUUACCAAACCCAUUGAAUUAUGAGAUAUAUUACUAUACCGUGUUAAUAGCUUGUUGCAGAGAAAGUCCUGAAUCGAUUGCCCCUGUAUUUGGUAGAGCUAUUAGAUUUUUUUAUAACAAUUUAGAAACUUUAGACUACGAAUUAAAGAUUCGUUAUUUGGAUUGGAUGACAAUCCAAAUUUCAAAUUUUGAGUUUAGCUGGAAAUGGGAUGAAUGGGUUAAAGAUUCUCAAAAGUUUAAGAAUUUAAAAUAUCAUCCUAAAAAGAAUUUCAUUAAAAAUUUAAUAGCAAAGGAAGUCAGAUUAUCGAAUAAAAAUAGAAUCAAAGAAAGUUUUGUAACAGUUCAUCCAGACCCGGCUGCAACCGAUAAAUUAAUUCUUUUGGAUGAGUUUUAUCAAUAUUUGAAUAUUUCAUUAUUUCCAAAUGAAUCAAAAUAUAUUAUUGAUUACGAUAAUGAAUUAUAUGGCAAUAACGAUGAGCUCAAAGAAGUUUUGGCCAAGUUAGAGUUUGAAAGAAAGGAAAAAUUAGCAAAUAAUAUAACAGUUUCUCCACAAGAAGAAUUGAUUUAUAAUUUUUCGAAUUCGGGUUUACCUUUGCACGAAGGGUCCAGUAAAGUUUAUGAUUUAAUUAUAGCCAACUGGAAACCAAAUAGCGAAUUCUAUGAUUUAUAUAAGGAGAUUUCAACGAAUUUAGAUGAUUACGCGUCAAUAAAUUCGGACAAAUUCCUUAUUAAUUUAUUUUUCCAAACUUACGCAUACAUUGGAUCCAGAUCAAUCUAUUCUGUGGUUAGUCUAUUAUCGAGAGAUAUAAUCAAAUUGAAAUUCUUGAGUGGUGUGGAAAUAAAGGAUGAAAAUUAUCAAGCAAGUGAAUUUCAGUUUCCGGUUGCUGAAUUGGCUGAGCAACACUUUGAUAACAAGCAGAAUUGGAUUAUUGAUUCUAUCUUCAGAAUUUGGGUUCAUCAACCUCAAGUAGUGUUCUUAAUUUUAGAGUACUUGAUUGAAUUUGAAGUAUUAAAACCAAAGUAUUUAAUAGGCAAGACAUUAAACUUAGCUUCCAAUUUAAUUAUUGAGAAUGUCUCUUGUAUGGAAUCCGUCAAUAGGAUCUUGAUUAACUUUUCUAAAUCUUCUAAUGAUGAGUUCAAAGUCCUUACGUUGAAAUUAUUUGAGUUGAUUGUCAACAACUUGAAUGAGAUAACCAAAACCCUAGAAACUAAUAACUCUGAUGAGGUAACAAUUCUUAAGGAUUUUAGUGAUGAAGAAUCCGAAGACAUAGAAUUAAUGAACAAAGUUGAUAACCAGUGGCUAUUCUAUGAAUAUAAAGGAUUAUUAAAGAGUUACUUAAGAAAGUUCAGUAUUCAUAACUCCAAUUUCAUCGACGAAAUUGAAACAAUAUUUAAAGGCAUUGAAAACGAGCCAGUUAGAAAUGAUACGUUGAAUUGGUUGAUAGAAUUAUAG